CGGAUAUCAAGAGACGCUCCGAAUCUGUCACUUUCGCUCUUGACUUUGUUGUCUCUCUCAUCCAAUGCAAAUCUCCCUGCCCAUGGGGAUGAAACCCUGAAUGCCGAUAGAUCAUUUCGGAAACACCUCUGGCACAUAUCCCAACCGCUACUGGGUGAACGCGACGUACUACGAGCCGGGGGGACCCGUCUUCCUCUUUGAUUCGGGCGAGCAGAACGCAGAACCGCUGGUGCCGUACUACUUGCAAGAAUAUCAUGGCCUGUCUGCGACUAUGCGGCUGGCCAAAAGGUACAAGGGCAUCGCGGUCUUGUGGGAACAUCGGUAUUACGGGGACUCGCAGCCGUUUCCCGUGAACGAAAACACCACAGCUGCGCAAUGGCAAUUCCUGACAACCGAACAAGCCCUCGAAGACGUCGUCUACUUCGCGAACCGCUUCGCCCACCCCUCCGCCCCGCCAGCCCUCCUGCAUCCGUCGCGCACGCCCUGGAUCUGGCUGGGCGGCUCCUACCCGGGCGUGCGCGGCGCGCUCCUGCGCGUGCGCAACCCCGAGGUGAUCUACGCCACGUGGGCGAGCUCCGCGCCCGUGCAUGCGCAGGUCGACAUGGCGAGCUACUACGAGGCGGCGGAGCGCAGCCUAACGCGGAACUGCUCCGCGGACUGGGCCGCGGUGACGAGGUACGUGGACGAGACGCUCGGCGGGGGCGAUGAGAGUGAAGUUGUGGAGAUGAAGUAUCGGUUGUUGUAUGCGGAGAGGAGCGGGCCUGGGGGGAAUACGACUGGGGCGCAGGGUCUCACUAUGGAGCAGGCGGCGAAUAUGAGCGACGUUGAUGCUGCGAGUAUACUGAUGGAUCCUCUGAGCUUCUACCAGUACUACGGCUUCCAAGCGUCCGUGCUUCCAUUCUGCAACAUCCUCGAGACGCAGAACUACACCCAGGCCCCGGUGGAGGGCGGCCUCGCGACGACGUACGGCAUCGAAGUCGCCUUCGACGCCUUCCUGGCAGGCCUCGCCGAGACCGACUACGACUCCAUCCCCGGCAACCCGGACGAUCCCGUCCAGGACCGGAGCUGGAUGUGGCAGUACUGCUCGGAAUACGGAUUCUACCAGCGAGGCGACCCGACCAACCCGCUGUCCAUCGAGACUGCCUUCAGGUCGCUCGAGCUGUUCCAGCAGCAAUGCGACGCGGCGUUCCCGGAGGGCUUGCCUGUGUCCCCGCAGGUCGAGAAUAUCAACAAGUACGGCGGGUGGGAGAUGAACCCGUCCAACGUGUUCUGGACGAACGGAGAGUUCGACCCGUGGCGCACGAUGGGCCUCGCAUCCAUCGAGCCCAACUCGCCCUUCCGCAACUCCACCGUAGCAGUCCCCGCUUGCAACACCCCCGCCCCCGCCCCCUCCUUCUUCGGCCUCCUGCAUGCGGGCAUGGUGCACGUCUCCGACCUGCGCGUGCUGCUCACGCCCGACGCGAACCACACCGAGUUCCGCACUGUCGGGUUCUACAGCCCCGUCGCGCAGGCGCCGUUCUAUGCUGGCCUGGGCUUGUUCGAGCUGGCCCUGGACGAGUGGUUGCCGUGUUUCGGGCGCUGA